AUGAUCCGAACUCUCUUGACGCUCGGCCUGUACGGGGUCGUGCAACAGGCAUUGGGUAAGAACGUGUACCUGGAUUGGAAUAUAACGUGGGUCAUCGCUGCACCUGAUGGCUAUGCGCGGCCGGUGAUCGGCAUUAACGGACAAUGGCCCUGUCCUCAAAUCGAUGUCGAUGUUGGCGACAACCUCAUUGUCGAUGUUUACAAUGGCCUCGGCAACCAAUCGACGGGGAUCCACUGGCAUGGCCUCCAUCAGAAUUAUAACGGGUACAUGGAUGGGGUUCCAGGUGUUACCCAAUGCGAGCUUCAACCGCAGCAGCGAAUGCGCUACACGGUUCCGAUGAAUCAAACCGGGACAUAUUGGUACCAUUCUCACGAGCCCGGCCAGUAUCCCGAUGGACUGCGCGGUCCUAUCAUUGUGCACGACACCGUUCCUGCGCCAUUUCACUAUGACGAGGAAAUGACCAUCACCUUAUCUGAUUGGUAUCAUGUGCAGAUGCCUCUACUAGUUGAAGACUUUGUCGUUCCAGGGGAUCAUGCCCCCUAUGGAGGGCAAGAGCCGCUUCCUGACUCGGUCCUGUUCAAUGACAUGCACAACACCAGAAUCAAGGUCAAGCCGAGCACAACCUACCUGAUCCAUGUCGUCUGCAUGGGAAAUUGGGCGGGUCACGCACUUGUCAUUGACGACCAUGACAUGACCAUUGUCCGUGCGGAUGGCAUCGAGGUGGAACCGCAUUUCCUUCCACCGCAGUAUCUGCGAAUGACUGUCGGGCAGCGUGUCGACCUUCUUCUCACGACUAAGAAUGACACCAGCAAAAACUAUGCCAUUUGGGAUGGUCUCGACAUUGACGAGAUGUUCGUUCAGGAGUCGCGAAGCAUGCCGGAAGGAUACAACCCCAACGGCACCGCUUGGCUCAUGUACAACGAAGACAUGCCCUUCCCUCCGGCACCGGAAAUUCACAUUAACAACGCAAGCUUGGAUUUCCUUGACGAUGUGACCUUGAUUCCGAGAGACCAUCUUCCGUUGAUCGACCCUAUUCAGCACCAGUUCAUCCUGGAUGUCUAUUCGACCACGGUGGAUGGAAAGCCUGCCUACAGCAUCAACAACAUGACCUAUAGUGCUCCAGAUGUACCGACGCUGUACACGGCCAUGAAUGCCGAUUCCGAAGAAUGCAUGGAGCCCUCGCUAUAUGGCGAUGUGAACCCCUUUGUUGUCAACUACGGCGACGUCGUGGAGAUUGUUCUUAACAACCAUCACGACAACCUCCACCCAUGGCAUCUGCACGGCCAUGACUUCCAGGUUGUCCAGCGGACGUAUCCGUAUGGUGGCUAUUUCAACGGAUAUGGCAACGUCUCUGCCACACCAAUGCGCCGCGAUACAAUCAUGGUCGAGCCCGAGGGGCAUUUCACUGCAUUUCUUCCGGCUGACGAUGAUCCGAUUUCACGCGUCUGGAUGUUCCAUUGCCAUGUUGAAUGGCACGUGGAGGUCCGUCUUAUGGCGAUUAUCAUUGAAGCGCCGGACCAGCUUCAGAACAUGACAGUACCAGACGAUCAUCUCGCGAUUUGCGGGAACAGCCAGCCUAGUCACUGGGCUCCGUUGCCGGGUCCCCUAUGA